AGUACCUGGAUUAAUCACAUGUACACGCGUUGCUUCUGUUGUCAUGGCGUGUGUUAAUACCACCCAAAAUAUCAUGUUUGUUAGAGUUGUCUGGAAACAAUCGAGGCAGGCCUUGCUCGUACCAAGACCAGCCACAAUUUACAGACGAGACCUCCAUCUAACAUCUGUAGCUCACUCAGACUCAAAGUUCCCAAACCUGGCAGCACGUAAAGAUGCCAUGCUGCCCUCUGAUUCAUUCAAAGGGAAGACUGCCUUCAUCACCGGAGGAGGGACGGGUCUUGGGAAAGGAAUGGCCACCAUGCUAUCAUCACUCGGUGCACAGGUGGCCAUAACGAGCAGGAAACUUGAUGUUCUUGAGGAGACGGCCAAAGAGAUUAGCAAACAAACGGGCAACCCAGUCUUCCCCCUGUCAGCUGACAUCCGAGAUGCUGCUGCUGUUAGUGCCGCCGUCGACCAGUUUGUGGAGAAAACCGGAGGCCUGCCAAAUGUAGUCAUCAACAACGCUGCUGGGAACUUCAUCGCACCCACUGAGCGCUUGUCAAACAAUGCCGUCAAAGCUGUGAUUGACAUUGUGCUGACUGGCACCUUCAAUGUAACACUGGACAUUGGGAAAAGACUGAUCAAAGCUAAGCAAGGUGCCAAUUUCCUGGCCAUCACCACCACUUAUGUGCAUCUGGGCUCGGGGUAUGUCACACCCAGCGCCGCAGCCAAAGCUGGAGUGCAGAAUCUCACUCGAUCAUUGGCUUCUGAAUGGGGCUGGUAUGGGCUUCGAUUCAAUGCUAUCGCACCAGGACCCAUUUACACAAAGGGUGCAUUUGGCCGCCUGGAUCCCAGUGGCCAGUUUGCCGAGCACAUGAGGCAGGGGAUCCCCCUGGGUCGCUUUGGAGAGGUGGAGGAGAUUGCCAACCUGGCUGCAUAUAUGGUCAGUGACUAUGCCAGCUGGAUGAACGGCUCCUGCGUCGACUUUGAUGGGGGAGAACUGCCCUUCAGUGCAGGGGAAUUUAACAGAAUGAAACAGGUAACACCAGAGAUGUGGGACAUGAUCGAACAAAUGGGCAAGAAAGUCAAGGGCUCUUAAGAAUCUUCCCCAGCAGCUCGGGUACAAAUCCUGACAUCAAUAGGCCUGCCCUGUAUAUACAUUUUUCUGUAUACAAUUUGAAUUUCCAACAAGGGUGGAUUACCAUGCUUGGAUAAAUUGGGGGAUCUCCCUUAGUGAAAAAUUCACUGCGGAAAUUCCCAGGAGCCUGUUGGAGUACAUGUGCUGUUUUUCCAAGAAAAUACUCUUUUGAACAGAAGAUUGCCAGAAUUGUUCAAGAAGCUUUUUUUUUAGUGGAUGAUCUUGCCUUCCACAGAGAAACAAACUCAGGGUCAAACUAUAACUUCAGGAAUCAGUUAUGAAUGCAGUGUAAUAAGCAUGAUUUAUUGUAUCAAAAUAAUAACAUUUACCAAUUAUGUACAACACAACGGCUUUUUUUCCCAUUCUGUUUCAGCUUUCUGCUAUAAAUAUAUAUACCUGGCACACCUCCAAAUCAAAGCCUGUUCAGUCCAAUGCAAAUUCAUUUUACGCAAAAGAAUACAUUACAGGAAUUAACCCAGGUGACGCUUUUGGAUUUGUAGCUACCUGUAUUUACAUGUAUCAGUUUCGUAACUGUUAGUUCGUAAAUUUAUCAGUACAUGUGCUUGAGUAUUGGAUUGAAUAUUGGAUGAAUACCUCUCAACGACUGAAUGAAAAUCAUGACUGGGCCGUUACACUUUUCAGUUAAAUAAAGUGAAUACACAGGUGAAUUUAUCUUACGUUCACAGAUAAGCCAUCAUAAUCGAUUUUUACAUUGCCAAUACAAGCCUCUGUGCGAUUCUGUUAAAUUAUGUAAACAUACUGUAUAAAAUAAUUUUACACUUUGCACUGAUGGAAUAAACUGGACUGCCAGAUGCUAAUGCGGCAGGCUCCUUUUAAUGACAA